UAUCAUUCAACUGUAGCAACUCUUGUGGUAAACUACACAGAACAAGCCGUCAAAGAAAUCACCAUGAAAUUCAUCAUUGUUUUCGUUGCCCUCUUCGCCUUGGCCUUGGCCGCUCCCGCCGAAGUUGAAGUUUUGAAGAACGAAUCUGAUGUUGGUCCCGAAUCUUUCCAAUAUGCUUACGCCACCAGCGAUGGUCAAGAAGCUGAAGCUCAAGGUCAAUUGAAGAAUGUCGGCUCUGAAGAUGAAGCUAUUGUUGUCAAGGGCUCUUACUCCUUCGUUGCUGAUGAUGGCCAAACCUACACCGUCAACUAUGUUGCCGAUGAAAACGGUUUCCAACCCCAAGGUGCCCAUUUGCCCGUUGCUUAAGUUGUUGUCACCAACUUAAAUUGUUAUUAUCCCAAAGUCCUAUUAUCCCGUUCCCGCACCGUAUCCCAUCCACAACCCCCCAACCCUCUCUGUUACCAAUUGCUCCCGGCUAUUGACAAUAUUUGCCAGUAGUCUUUUGGGAAGCAUUCUCAAAGUUGUUAUUUGACCAAAAUAGGCUAAGUUACAAAACAAAAAGAAAAAAAAGCAAAAAUACAAAUGAAAUAGAAAACAAU